UAAUUAUUUAAUAUAAAAUUUAUAAGAGAAUAAAAAUAGUAAAUAUAGUAUAAUUCACAGAUUGGAUUGGUUCUCAUGAUAAUAUUAAACCAAUCACACAAUGCGAAGUAACAAAUAAAUCUUAUAAACUUCAAAUAAUACCAAAUAUAUAUACAAUCUAAUACUGGUUAAAUAUAUAUUCAAGUAACAAAAGUUAUUUAAGUAAUAUGAAAUACUACAGAAUAAUAAAGAAUAUCAAUUGAUUGAGUAAAAGAGACCCAAAGAACAAUUCUAGCGACAUGUUGUCGCAAUAUCUUAUUAACAGAUUGAUAAUAUUUAACAAAUUAAUUAAAACCAGUCAUGUGGUCAGCGUUACAAGUUUACAACAUUUUAAUACUGGAAAUAAAUUAAUGGAACGUGUACCAAGAAAUUUAAAAGAUUGUUCAAGAUUUAUACCCACAAAGAAACCGAUAAGUUCAGAAGAUGUAGAGCCUGGAGUUGAAACGGAUACCAGUUUUGCUUGGUUUCAAACAGAAGCUCCACCAGUGCAAACAUUUUCUGUAGGAAAUAUUAAACAAUGGUUCCAGUUUAAUAAAAAAAUACUCUAUGUUAAAGAACAACAUGUUGAUCUCAAGAUGAUUAACGUAUUGGGUAUAAACAUAGCAGCUGCAUACUUUGUUAUUAAAUGGAGAGGAAAAAUUAAGUUUAAGAACUCCAAUUGGUUAGAAGCUAAAAAUGAUAAACCUGUUCGUUUACCAAGUUAUUAUAAAUCUAAUUAUAUAGUUAUUGCAAUAGAUGCAAGCAAAACGAUGAUAUGUUACGAAGGGCUAGAAAACAUGUCGCCUCUUACUAAAUUAAAAUGGCUAAGCUUUAAGGGUUGCGAAUAUAUUGAUGAUUGGUGCCUCGACAGAAUAUCUGCACGUUAUCCGUCAUUAGAGUUCUUAGAUAUUUCUGAUUGUAAAAAUAUUACAGAGAGAGGAUUAGAAGCAUUGUAUAAAUUAGAUAAUCUCAAAAUGUUGAUAGUAACAAACCAUCACAAAUCAGCAGCAUUCGAAUUGACUUGUUUUAUGUUGGAAGAAUGUAUUCCUAAUCUGGAAUGUAAGAUAUUAAAUUCGUGGUACGUAGAUAAAUCUAAGAAACCCAAAGACGAGAAGAAAGAAUUUAAAUAAAAUGGUAACAAUUUAAUUAAAUAUAAACAUGUGUAAAUAUAUACAAACGUUGCUUCAAUCAUGCGUUUUUAACGACAUUUCUUAAUUUAUUUUUUUCUCUGUACUUCUUAACAUAAUAUAAUUCAGCUUUAUUACCAAUGCCGUAAACUUUUAAAUUUUUAUUGUCAUUGGCGAGUUGUAAAUCGUUAAAGCAUAAAUUAUAUUUUUUCCAAACGUGUUUCCAACUGAUCUUCUUCUUAAUAUUUUCUCUUUUGAAAUACAAGUUAGUAUGCCUCUUAAUGGCUUUUUUUAAAUCAAGCACUGUAGUUGUAUGUGUAGGUACCUAGAUUUAAAUAAAUUCAAGUUUGUUUACAAAUAUAAU